AGUAUGGACUCAUUGGAUUUCCUCAGCUCUAUGAUAUGAGCAGUUGCCGGCGCCCAGCUGCCACUCUUUGCCCGGAUCCCUGUGUCCUCAUUCCUCUGGGCUCUCCGAAGCCUUCAGGUAUGUAGUAGCCAUGCCUGUGGACACGCUGACCCCCGGAGCCCCCGCCGCCCCCGCCCUUCCUUUCCGCCUGCGGACCAGGGUCCCCGGCUACCUCCUGCGGAGGCCAGCGGACGUCGGAGCCCGGAAGCCCAGUGCUGUGGAGCGCCUAGAGGCCGACAAGGCCAAGUACGUCAAGAGCCUGCAUGUGGCCAACACCCGCCAGGAGCCUGUGCAGCCUCUGCUGUCCAAACAGCCACUCUUUAGCCCGGGGACUCGCCGCACAGUGCUCACGCCCAGCCGCCGUGCCCUGCCUGGCCCCUGCCGCCGGCCCCAGCUGGACCUGGACAUCCUCAGCAACCUCAUCAACUUGUGUGACAGUCCUGUGUCCCCCGCUGAGGCCAGUCGCACCCCUGGGCGGGCAGAGGGAGCCCGCCAGCCCCCGCCAGCCACCCCUCCACGCCCACCGCCCAGCACGGCUGCCGUCCGCCGAGUGGACGUCCGCCCCCUGCCUGCCUCACCUGCCCGGCCCUGCCCGUCACCAGGUCCUGCCGCCGCCUCCAGCCCAGCCCGGCCGCCGGGUUUGCAACGUUCCAAGUCGGACUUGAGCGAGCGCUUCUCUCGGGCAGCUGCCGACCUUGAGCGCUUUUUUAACUUCUGCGGCCUGGACCCCGAGGAGGCUCGGGGAUUGGGCGUGGCCCACCUGGCGCGGGCCAGCUCGGACAUCGUGUCUCUGGCUGGGCCCAGCGCAGGGCCGGGCAGCUCUGAGGACGGCUGCUCCCGCCGCAGCUCAGCGACUGUUGAGGAGCGGGCCCGGGAGCGUGUCCCCUACGGUGUGUCAGUGGUGGAGCGCAAUGCCCGCGUCAUCAAGUGGCUAUAUGGGCUGAGGCAGGCACGGGAGACCCCCGCAGCUGAGAGCUAGGCCCCAGGACUCGGCGUUUGCCACAGGACAGAUCUUAGGAAGGCAACAGGUCCCUUGACCUCUUGCUUCCGUUCCUGGAUCUGGGCAUGCUGGAGGCUGUGAACUUGGUGUAAGGCAGAGGCAUAGAAGCUGGGCCUGCGUCCCCUGGCAAAGACUGACCCUGGAGAGAGUGGUUCUCGGCUUGGACACUCCGCCCCUCAUGUGAGGUUUCUGCCAGAAGAGUGCCCUCUCGGUUCCUCUUGUGGGGCUACGUUUGGGGUGCUUGCCCUCCCCACUGAGAGUGAGGAGCUGAGGGAGUCUACCAAGCCUGUCUCCCCGGUGGCUCUGUUUCUUCCUUCCUUCCUUGGCUUCUGCCCUUUGCUGACUUCCUUUUCCUUACCCAGCGGGCCCUGACUCCCUGGGAACUCAUCCUGGGGUGGGGGCAGGGGAGAGGAGGCUUAGCUGCUGCUCUUCCUAGGUCUUGGCAGCCAGCCUAGGUGGGUAGAUGACAGGAGGGACUGGUUAGCAGUCUGCACUGCUCUGACUUCCCUCCCUGUGGUUAAUAAACACAAAUGCUUGUUU